CCAACCCCCUCCCCUCCUUUCAGCGGACAUGGGGCGUUGUGUGCCCCCCGACACCUGUCCGGAUGAGCGAUAGGGCAACAGCCUCGCUUUCGAUCGGCCUCGCUACCUCUCCCCCGCCCCCUGCGCCUCUUUCUCGAAAAUGUUUGUGUACUUAUGGGGAUACCUGUAUAGUAACUUCUUUCGGUUUUGGCUGAAAUGGAUCUUGAGGCAGCUCACUGGAAAAUGUGAAUUACAGCGUAUCUUUGGUAGCUCAAAGGAAGGUUCACAACGGACGCUAAAGAUAGAGUACUCAUUGGGAUUAUCAAAGAGUAAGGUGUUAAGAAAUGCUGUACAUAUUGGUGAAGCUGAAGUGGAAAAAUGUGUCCUGAGUAUAAUGAAAGAAAAGAAGAUUAAUAUACAGAAGGAUACAGGUUUUAAGACAAGCCUGCAGGUAUGUUUGCUGCAGAUAUCUGGUUAUAAGAAACUUUAUUUGGAGGUGGAAAAUCUGAGGAAAGUUCCAUAUGAUUCAGAUAACGAAGAACAUGAAAAGCAACUAAUCCAGCUUUGGAAUUUGCUGAUGCCUCAUGAAAAUCUGAAGGCUAGAAUCACCAAGCAGUGGUGUGACAUUGGUUUCCAAGGUGAUGAUCCCAAAACAGACUUCAGAGGAAUGGGCAUGCUGGGAUUAGUCAAUCUGGUGUAUUUUAGUAAACAUUACACCAGUGAAGCUCGCCAGAUCCUCUCUCGUUCAAAUCAUACAAAAUUGGGAUAUUCCUAUGCAAUAGUUGGGAUCAAUUUGACAGAAAUGGCUUAUAGUUUACUAAAGAGUGGUGCUUUAAAGUCUCAUCUCUACAACUUGGUCCCUGGAUUGCCACAAAUGGAACACUUCCAUCAGUUUUAUUGUUAUCUGGUUUAUGAGUUUGACAAAUUUUGGUUUGAAGAAGAACCAGAAAGUAUUAUGCACUUCAACCACUAUAGGGAGAAAUUCCAUGAAAAAGUUAAAGGACUUCUUCUGGACUAUAACCUAGUACUAACCUUACAGAAUAUAAAGAAACCAUAGCCGCAUCUGCAAUCUACCCAGUUCUGCUCUUAAAAUGGAAUUAUGCAUUCUCAUGGAAUUCUCACACUUCACCAAAAAAUUUGUUUAAUGAUGUAACUUUUUAUACAUAUAUUUUUGAAAAAGCUCAAAUUCAGUUAUGAAAGCUUGGACAAUCAGCCACUGUUUACAGGUCUUAUAUGCUAUUCUCCAAAGGAAAACUUAAAAAAAAAAAAUCCCAUAUUGAAUCUUUUGCCCUCACAACUUUCUUACACCUCUUGGUGCAGGAACAUGAAGUAGGUAUUUAUGCUGCAUUAUGUUAUCUUCAUUAUGUAACCUAUUACUAGGUUCCUUUUCUACCAUUAACUGUUGAUUAGUUAUCUUUAAGAGGGGAAAUUGCUUUGGUUUUAGAUUUGUUUCUCAAGCCCUGUCCCCUUGUUGUUUAUCUGCACAUAGCUUGUGGUCCAUAAAAGUUUUAAACUUCUCUGUGUAAAGAGGUCCAUGAAGAUGAUGUAACAAUUAUUUGUGACUUGGAAGAAGAGGCUUCAUUUAUUUGUAUUUACACAUAAGAACAGACAUUGUUCUGGUUGAAAUGAUCCUCCCUCCAGGAAAUAAUUACCCACACCCCUGUGCCUGGAAGGAACUUCCCUCAAAAAUAAUUACAAAAUAGGGUAAGGCUAAAGUCCCUUUUAACAAGGAGAUCUUUCAUGUCACAUGCUGCCAUAAAUAUUUUCCAGCUCUCAAUCCAUCUUUUAGUUUGGGC